GCGGGGGCGCGUAGCCCUGUUCGUACUGCUUUGUCCCUUUUUAAAAUGGGUGCUCCUAAGUUAUUCGUCCUUACGGUGCUCCUGGUCUACUGGAACCAAGACAUUGAGAUGGCAGAGGGCUACACCUUCAUCGAGCACUAUGCAGGGUGCGGAAUGAUGACCGACACUUUGAGGUCUCGUGGUUGUGGCCCUGCAGCAAAGCUUGAUAUUGAAUACAGCCCUGGGAUGGAUAUCCUCAGCCCUGGUGGGUUUGCGACCCAUAUAGUAUCAGUACUUCGUGGCAGUGAAGAUGGCUUCAUCAAUUGGCAUGGGAUCAAAUGCUCAACGUGGGUUGCAAUUUCACGACCUACGACCUUGCGUAGCCUUCUGGACCCAUUGGGUAAUCGAGAACUUCCAUGUGUUGAGGAGUCAAACGUGAUGGCAUCACGACUAGCCCUCAUCUUGGUCUUAGUCCUGGCUUUGUCAGGAACCUUCAUAGUCGAGCAGCCGGGUAGCUCUUUACUUUGGCGGCAUCCAAGGCUCCAGUGGGUAUGCGGCCUUGUGAAGGUUUUCAGAUGCAACUUCUGGAUGAUGUUUUUCAACUCGAAGUCACCAAAGCGAACUUCUUUGUGGAGUAACUCACGGCAUAUCUGCAAAUUUUGGAUGGGAAAGCUCACUAGGAAGCUCCGGGAGGAUCUGAAGAAAAAGUACCCAGAUUUUUCUACAACCAUCAAAUAUAAGAACAAGGCUGGAAAAACACGCUUCCAUGGGUCCAAGCAGUUGCGGUCUACACAGAGUUAUACUCGAGAGUUUUCUCUCAAGAUGGCCGAUAUCUUCCCAGAGAUCUUGAAUGAAGCUUCAUCUGUUGACAAGCAGCCCCGAGAGGAUGCUGCCAAGGAGCUUGAAACUCUUUGGAAGCAAGAUGAAUCUUGGGGGGACACAUGGGAAGAUGCCCAUUUGAGGGAGGUCACAAGAUACCUUCUUGGAGCUAAGGGUUUAGUCAUCCCACCGCGCUGGGCAUGGAUCAUUCCCUCUCACCUCUAGACCUUUAGAGACCUUCGCAC